AUCGGCCUGGCCCAAUGAAUGCCCACCUCCACAAACCAAUCCCCUCUCUAAUUUCUCAAAAAAUUACGCGAUGUGUAGCCUUGGUUCGUUGAUUCGUGUUUCAAAGAUCCAAAUACAAUUUGCUAUAUGAUUGAUUCAUUCCAUAAUGAUCUUCUCAUAACCCUAAUUAUGAUUGAUUCAUUAAACAAUGGCAAAAGAGUAAUCAAAUCUGUUUACACCACCACCAAACUCUUCUGCACCAGAAAUGCAUGCAGUAAAAACUGUGCAAAAAAUGAAGAUGUGGUGACACUGACAAAAACAAUAUCAGAUUACUCACUAAAAGGAGAAGUAGAUCAUGCAAGAAAAGUGUUUGAUCAAAUGGGUCAUAGAGACUCUGUUUCUUGGAAUGUUAUGAUCAAAGGUUACUUUGAAAACAAUAGGAUUGGGGAUGCAAGGGAACUGUUUGAUGAAAUGCCUGAGAAGAGUCCUUUCACUUGGACUUCAAUGAUCAUGGGUUACACCAAAGAAAGAAAGACACACAUUGCACUGAAACUCUUUAUAGUGAUGCCAUGUAAAAACGUCGUCAGUUGGACUGCUAUAGUUACCGCACUUUGUCAAGAUUCACAGAUAGAAGAUGCGUGGCGCUUGUUUAAGGAAAUCCCUGAGCCGAAUUCGAUUUCAUGGUCUACCAUUAUAUCGGGUUUACAGCAAAAUGGGUUGGCUACCAAAAGCUUGGAUGUGUUUAAAGAAAUGUUGUUGGCAGGAGUCCAACCAACUUCACAUUCAUUUACUAGUGCUUUGGCUGCUUCUGCUGAUCUGGCAAUGCUUUCGGUGAGCGAACAGGUCUAUUCUCAAGUCCUUAAAAGAGGUUUUGCAAGAAAUAUUCAUAUAGGAAAUUCAUCCAUUUCUAUGUUCAUAAAAUCAGGUAGUUUCGACAAUGCUAGCCGUGUUUACAUGGGGUUGCCCUGGCGUGACAGUGUUACUUGGAAUUCUAUGAUUAUGGGUUAUGGGCAACACGGAUUUGGUAUUGAGGCGAUUAUGUUUUUCCAUCAAAUGCAAAAAGCACGGUUUUUACCAGAUAGUAUCAGUUUCUUGGGAGUUUUACAUGGUUGCACGCAUUGUGGUUUCAUAGAAGAAGGGAAGCAGUAUUUUCAAAGUAUGGAAAUGGAUUAUAACAUUUCGCCAGGACCUGAGCACUAUGCCAGCAUGGUUGACCUAUUUUCUCGUGCGGGGCUGCUUAGAGAAGCACAUGACAUUGUCAUACGAAUGCCCUUUGAGCCCACACCUGUUUUUUGGAGGACAUUACUGAAUGGAUGUAGGAUUUGGGGCAACUUGGGACUGGGAAUUCAUGUCGCUGAAAAGAUUUUGGAACGCGAACCUUAUAAUUCAAGUGCAUCGUUAAUGGUUAUUGAAAUCCUUGCAUCAGCUGGCAAAUGGAAGGAGGUAAUGGAGAUGAGGAGACAAAUGAAGGAAAGAGAGGCAAGAAAAGAGUUGGGCUGUAGCUGGGUUGAAGUAAAGGGGAGGAACCAUAUUUUUACUACAAGAGAUGAAACUCAUCCGGAAUUAGAUCACAUUUAUCCAACCCUUGAGUUGUUAUCUUACAAUAUGGCUGAGUGUGUUAGUAUUUAAGUGAAUGGAGAUUGGGGAGCUGUUACAAAUCACAGAGUGUCAUAGAUAUUCUCUUCGUCGUGUUGGUUUAUAAGACAGUUAUGGAUGCCAAAGCUUUGAACUCUUUCCGGUGGAUUCUUGCUUUAUAAUUUUGAAUUGGGUACUAGUGAAAUGGUUUUUUGGCAAUGAAGUAGAUCAUGAAGGAAGGCAUCUGGUGGUUGAAAGGAAAUGCUAAACAUUUCAUGGCGGUGGCAUAAUUUUGAAUGUGCAAUUUUGCAUAAUUCCUCUUGGAUUACUGCUUCGGAGGUUGGCCAAUCAAUUCAUGAAGUCCAAAUUACUCGUUUUUGGUUUUGUGUAAUUAUGUUAUGUUAAUUGGCAUGGUAGAUUUCUGUCAAUAAGGCAUUCAAGAGCUAACUUAAAGAUAGGAACAAGAAAUUAGCCUCAUGUGGUUAUGAUUGGCUUUGCAGUUAUAUGACUGCAAAGGGUGUAGAUGCCAAAGUCUGUAAAUCUCCAUGAAUCAAGAUGACUGUUACAAAAGUUGGAUGAAGGCACCCUCUUGGUGGAUUUCAUGGAGAUGGCCCAAAAUGGAUUGCAGCUCCUUUGUGUUAAGAGUUCUGAAAGGGCUUUGUGUUCACAUAUUGGGCUCCAAGCCCAUGGCACAUUCCAAAAGGUACUGACAUUGGAAAUUCACUUCAUUCUUGGGUUGCUUAGCUUUACAUCUGUAUAUAGAAGUUAAUAUAACAAUGCAAAAAAUAAUUCAGCUUUGGUCAGUUUAUGCUGAAAAUUAACUCAAUAGUUGAUUAAAGUAACAUGUUAAAGAGAUAUUUA